AUUUGAUCAUAUUUGUGAGUUCCUGAUAAGGGAAGGCAUAUUUAAAUUCUAGGAUAUUUUCGUCUCAGAAAUAAAACCACAUUUAUCCGAGAUUAACAUAACAAAUUCAAAGAUGCGUUUAAUUUUCAUUUUCGGUGUUUACAUUCUACUUUAUUGCAAUGCGUGUCCCUCGAGCAAAAAAACUGUUAUUUUUAUAUUAGAUAAAGUGAAUCCGACCGAAUACGACCAGGAUUGGCUAUAUACAAGAAUAAAAAAUCUGCUUUCCAGAUGUGCUCAAAAUGGCUUUGAUUUCCAGUUCAAGGCAUCAUGGCGGGGUUCCUUUGAAUCUCGUAAUUAUCUAACCGUCGACAAUAUCGUCUCGAAUUCCACAAUUGUCGAGAACGGUUUCAUCAUCAGAGGCCAAUCAACGUUGGAAAUUAAUCUUCUGAAGCAAUUGAAAUGUAUUCCACCGUAUUCGGUAAUCUAUGUCAUCACAAAUGUGACCAUGCCCAGUAAUAAGACCCUAGUAGACGAUAUUUUGGAAGAAAUACAAAUCAAAAGAACAGAGGUCAACUUUCUCAUUGGAUCGAAGUGUUCUUUAGAAAAAGAUUUUAAUACCGACUCCCUCAAAAAGUAUGCAUUGAUUACGUCUAUCAGCAACGGGUACAUAAUGGGUCAAGAAUCGUUUCUAUUCAAUGAGUCCAGGUUCACAGAUUCCGUGUAUCUGAGGUUAACGUCUGUCCCUCUAGAAGUAACCUUCCCAGCAGUCGUACGCAAAAAUAACAAAACAUAUUGCGCAAACAUAGAUUCGUUAGCAGAUAAAGACAGGAUUGAAGAAAAUUUGCAAUUAGGCUUGUAUGAGACGAAUGCAGACAUGCCUAGAACGAGCCAAAUCAAAUGGGAAAUGGCAGUGACGCCUUUGACACAUACUAUCCAGAAUUGCGACGACCUUUUCUACAAAAGAAUCAACACAUUGGAGUUUUCUGACGUGGUUGCCGAAGGCUUUACCAGAAAAUAUUUCGACUACGAUUAUGGAUUUUCUACGGAAGAGAUUCGUUAUAUAAACGAGACAUAUAAACGACCAAUACGCGGAAAACCAAACCAACUUUAUGUAUCCUUCGUUGACGAAAACGUCGAAUAUGAAUUCGAACAUUUCGAGAUACUGUUCGUGAAUGGAAGUUCUUACGGAGAAAAGAUUUAUCUGCAGCCGAAACCAGAAACGAAUUUAUACACCGGAUCAUUUUUACCGCCAAACGGAUAUUUUUACAUACGAGUAACGAUUAAUGCGGCAGACAGAGUAGUCAAUCGAUUAUCAUCUACUGCAAUGAGCGCUGCGGAAGGAUUCGGAGAAAAUCAUCGUAAUCCAAUUUUCGAAUACAAACCAAUAUUCAAAGUCGAGAAAGUACUGGCUACCACGUCUAAACCACCACCUUCAAAAGAUAACACCUUAUUGUCUGAUUAUUGCAUUAAGAUAAAUUUAAAAACAAUCGUAAUAAUCGCAUUAUACAUUGGUGCUGCCUUCUUAGGAUGGGCCUUUAGUCAGGUUGUACUUAAACCACUCAUACUCAAAUAUUGCAUGUCCAACGAAGAAACAGAGAAACGAUCAGAUGUCGAAAAAGCUCACUAUCGAGCGGUGCCAAAGGGCGAUGUUCCUUACGGAGUCAUCAAGGUAUAAUCUUUUCAACGACACAUAUCAACCAGUUUUAUUCCAUUAUAGAGCCUCCAGCGAGUUUCCAAUGUUCUCCAGAAAUUUCAAAUUGCUGUGAAAAGGAUCAAACGAACUUGACUCGAAGUCUAAAAAAUACUCUUUUGAUCAUUUUAAAUGAAUUUUUACGAAAUUAUGUAUAUGACUCCUAUCAGUUCAAAAAAGAAUUUUUGAUCAACUCGCAAAUCUC